AUGGAGGAGGAGGGCAAAAAAGGCAAGAAGCCUGGAAUAGUGUCUCCUUUCAAACGAGUCUUCCUGAAGGGCGAAAAAGGUCGGGAUAAAAAAGCCCAGGAGAAGGUUACGGAGAGACGGCCUCUGCAUACGGUGGUGGUGUCCCUGCCUGACCGCGUCGAACCAGACGUGCUGCUGAAUGACUACAUUGAGAAAGAAGUGAAGUAUUUAGGUCAACUCACAUCCAUCCCAGGGUACCUGAAUCCCUCCAGCCGCACGGAAAUCCUGCAUUUGAUCGAUAAUGCAAAGAGAGCACACCAGCUCCCGGGGCAGCUGACCCAAGAACACGAUGCUGUCAUCAGUCUCUCUGCCUACAACAUCAAGCUGGUGUGGCGGGAUGGAGAAGAUCUCAUCCUCAGGGUCCCCAUCCAUGACAUCGCAUCCGUUUCCUACAUCCGAGAUGACUCCUCUCACUUGGUCGUGCUGAAAACAGCUCAGGACCCCGGGAUCUCCCCAAGCCAGAGUCUCUGCGCCGAGAGCUCCAAAGCCCUUACUUCAGGUUCGCUGUCUGAGAGCGGGGUGGUUCCCGUCGAAGCUUGUUGCUUGGUGGUGCUGGCUACGGAGAACAAAGUGACUGCCGAGGAGCUGUGCUCACUUCUCAGCCAAGUCUUCCAGAUUGUUUACACUGAGUCCACGAUAGACUUCUUGGACAGAGCAAUAUUUGAUGGGGCGUCCACACCGACGCGGCACAUGUCCUUACACAGCGGUAAGUCCGUGCUCUCCUCCUUUGCUUCUUUCUUACCGGGCCCGUCUGAGGGUCUCUCCCCGUCUUCACCAACGUCCAUCACGUCUCUUCUGCCACCCUCUGAGGUGGGAGCCAACCUGGUGGCUUCCCUCCUGCAGGAUGACUCUUCUACAAAAGUGGAUGUUAAGGAAUCUUACGAAACGGAAGCAAGCACUUUUUCCUUUCCAGAAACCUUGGAUGCAGGCGACAACUCCCCAUCUUCCUUCUCUACACAACAGUCUCCACACAUUAAGACAGUCAGCGAGAGCGAGCUGAGCACCACGGCGACAGAGCUGCUCCAGGACUAUAUGAUGACGCUCCGAACGAAACUCUCUUCCCAAGAGAUCCAGCAGUUCGCCAUGCUCCUGCACGAGUAUCGCAAUGGGGCUUCGAUCCACGAAUUCUGCAUCAACUUGAAGCAGCUCUACGGGGACAGCAGAAAGUUCCUGCUUUUAGGUCUUCGCCCCUUCAUCCCCGAGAAGGACAGCCAACACUUUGAGAACUUCCUCGAGACCAUCGGGGUGAAGGACGGCCGGGGCAUCAUCACAGACAGUUUCGGGAGGUACAGGCGGACUCUGAGCACCACUUCCAAUUCCACCACCAACGGCAACGGCGCUGCCGGCAGCUCGGAUGACCAGUCCGUCCCUUCGGAGGAGGACGAGUGGGACCGAAUGAUCUCACACAUCAGCAACGACAUCGAAGCUCUGGGGUGCAGCAUGGACCGCGAUUCCUCUUGAGAGCGAGCCAGGGGGGAAGGACGGUACCGGCAGCUCCCCGUGCCGGGGGAGCUCGCUCCGGCAGCCUCCCACCGAGACCCCGCAGCGGUGCCUGUAUCCUGACCGUCGUUCUGGAAGAGGUUUUGGGGCUGGAUCAGGAUGUAAUUACUCUCACAUCCUCAUUAACGGCUCUGGGCAGCCGGUGGCAGGCGGCCGGUGCCCUCUCACCGUGCCGGCACGCUGUGGUGGAGGACCCCAGGGCAGGAGCCCAUCCUGCAGCCGUCCCUGGUUUGGUUUCGCCGGCGCAACGGGGAGCGAGGCUGGGGAGACAAGUUGGCUACAACCCUCUGCCUGGUUUACAGUUUUGCACAUGGUAUCCCUAUUGUAACUGCUCUCUUCUUCCUCCUCCUCGCCCCUGUUUUUGAAUGAAGUUUACCACAAUGUGAAUUAUUUAAACCCAUUGUCGAUGUUGUCGAAACAUUUCGGCUCCAGACGUGCAGGAGAUGCUGCGGCGGUAGCGGAUGCCGGCUGCGCCGUGAGCUUUGUGCUUGUGCUGCUGCAGCCUGGCCUGCAAACCCCAUUCCCCCCCUGACCCCGGCUUUGCUCAGGAAUAGCGGGGGGGCCCAGGGAGGUGAGGGGGCCCCACAGCCGCUCUUUUACC